GAAUCUUCUUGGGUCAUCCCAGCCAAAGAAUUGGAUUGCAUAUCUUAGUGUUUGGGAAGGUAAUGCCAGAGAGCUGGCAGAUACCCUCACAGGGAGCCCCCAUUCCUUCUUUCCCCACUGAGGCAAACCUGUUCCUGUGUCCACUGAGGAGCUGGCAGCCUCUAAUAAAGCAUCUAGGAGCUGAGUGUGGCCACCAGAGGGCAUCAGGCACUCCCACAGGACGUCUACGGAGCCAGAGCCCACAGAAUGGGCAAUAGGACAUGCUGAUCGGCUCUCAAGACAGCUGGCUGGUACCCUGGUCAUGGAGGACUGCAAUGUGCACUCAGCUGCCAGCAUCUUGGCCUCCGUGAAGGAACAGGAGGCCCGCUUCGAGCGGCUGACGAGGGCCCUGGAACAAGAGCGGCGCCAUGUUGCCCUGCAACUGGAGCGAGCCCAGCAGCCUGGUAUGGGCAGUGGAGGUGUGGUGGGCAGUGGGCAGCCCCUGCCGAUGGCCUGGCAACAGCUGGUUCUGCAGGAACAGAGCCCAGGAAGCCAGGCAUCGCUGGCCGCAAUGCCAGAGGCACCUGAGGUGCUAGAGGAGACAGUGACAGUAGAGGAAGACCCUGGCACACCUACUUCCCAUGUGUCCAUUGUCACGUCUGAAGAUGGCACAACACGGCGCACCGAGACCAAGGUCACCAAGACAGUCAAGACAGUGACCACGAGGACAGUACGCCAGGUGCCUUUGGGCCCAGACGGACUCCCCUUGCUAGAUGGUGGCCCUCCACUCGGUCCCUUUGCUGAUGGCCCCUUGGACCGGCAUUUCCUGCUGCGCGGUGGUGGCCCAGCAGCCACACUUUCCCGGGCUUACCUCAGCAGUGGGACUGGCUUUGCCGAUGGCCCUGAGCCCCGUGAUGGCCCUAACUAUGGCAGCCUGUCCCGAGGGCUAGGGGUACGGCCCCCACGCACGGGACCCCUGGGCCCAGGACCUAGUGAUGGCUGCUUCACUCUGCCUGGCCGCCGGGAAGCCUUCCCUGUAGGUACUGAACCUGGUCCUCCAAGUGGCCGCUCCCUCCCUGAGCGCUUCCAGGCAGAGCCCUAUGGCUUGGAGGAUGAUGCACGAAGUCUGGCUGCUGAUGAUGAGGGGGGCCCUGAUCUGGAGCCUGACUAUGGUACAGCCACACGAAGGAGACCUGAGUGUGGACGGACCCUCCGUGCCAGGGCUUAUGAGGAUGUGGCUGAUGAUGCUGGUGAGCUGACAGAUGAGCGGCCCCCAUUCCCAGCAGCAACAGCACCACUGGCCCAGCCUGAGCGAGGCAGCCUGGGCAGUCUGGACCGAGUGGUACGACGCUCACCUUCAGUAGACAGUGCUCGCAAGGAGCCACGCUGGCGGGACCCCGAGCUGCCUGAGGUGUUGGCUAUGCUGCGGCACCCUGUGGACCCCGUGAAGGCCAAUGCGGCCGCUUACCUGCAGCACUUAUGCUUUGAGAAUGAGAGCAUUAAGCGGCGUGUUCGGCAGCUGCGUGGGCUGCCGCUGCUUGUGGCACUGUUGGACCACCCUCGGGCCGAGGUGCGGCGUCGGGCCUGUGGGGCACUGCGCAACCUCUCCUAUGGCCGUGACACAGACAACAAGGCUGCCAUCCGGGACUGCGGAGGCGUGCCUGCCCUGGUACGCCUGCUGCGGGCUGCCCGUGACAAUGAGGUUCGCGAGCUGGUCACUGGCACACUCUGGAACCUGUCAUCCUAUGAGCCUCUGAAGAUGGUCAUCAUUGACCAUGGUCUGCAGACACUGACCCAUGAGGUCAUAGUGCCCCACUCGGGCUGGGAGCGUGAGCCCAAUGAAGACUCCAAACCACGGGAUGCUGAGUGGACGACUGUCUUCAAGAACACAUCUGGCUGCUUGAGGAACGUGAGUUCGGAUGGCGCCGAGGCCCGCCGGCGACUCCGGGAGUGUGAAGGGCUGGUGGAUGCGCUCCUACAUGCCCUGCAAUCGGCAGUGGGCAGAAAGGACACGGACAACAAGUCAGUGGAGAACUGCGUGUGCAUCAUGCGGAACCUGUCCUACCACGUGCAUAAGGAAGUGCCUGGGGCUGACAGGUACCAGGAGGCUGAGCCUGGGCCCCCAGGCAGUGCCACAGGCUCCCAGCGCCGGAGGAGAGAUGAUGCAAGCUGCUUUGGUGGAAAGAAGGCUAAAGAGGAGUGGUUCCAUCAAGGGAAGAAGGAUGGUGAGGUGGACCAGAACUUUGACACACUGGACCUGCCCAAGCGAACUGAGGCUGCUAAAGGCUUUGAGCUGCUAUACCAGCCUGAAGUGGUACGUCUCUAUCUCUCCCUCCUCACGGAGAGCCGGAACUUCAACACCCUGGAGGCCGCAGCAGGUGCCCUGCAAAAUCUCAGCGCAGGCAACUGGAUGUGGGCCACGUACAUCCGCGCCACUGUGCGUAAAGAGCGCGGGCUGCCGGUACUGGUAGAGCUGCUGCAAUCGGAGACCGACAAAGUGGUGCGCGCAGUUGCCAUUGCCUUGCGAAACCUCUCUCUGGACCGCCGCAACAAAGACCUUAUUGGGAGCUAUGCCAUGGCAGAGCUAGUGCGGAACGUUCGCAAUGCGCAGGCACCAGUCCGCCCCGGGGCUCGCUUGGAGGAGGACACCGUGGUGGCUGUGCUCAACACCAUCCAUGAGAUCGUGUCUGAUAGCCUGGACAAUGCGCGCUCACUCCUGCAGGCCCGUGGUGUGCCAGCGCUGGUGGCACUCGUCGCCUCCAGCCAGUCUGUACGCGAGGCAAAGGCCGCAUCCCACGUGCUUCAGACGGUGUGGAGCUACAAAGAGUUAAGAGGAGCCUUGCAGAGGGACGGCUGGACCAAGGCGCGCUUCCAGUCAACUGCUGCCACUGCCAAGGGGCCCAAGGGAACACUGAGCCCAGGGGGCUUCGAUGACAGCACACUGCCACUGGUAGACAAGAGCCUGGAUGGUGAGAAGCCAGGCAGCCGAGAUGUGAUCUCCAUGGACACACUUGGCCCAGAUGGAUAUUCCACUGGAUAUUCUACUGUGGACCGAAGGGAGCGGAAGGCCCUGGGCAGUGACUCUGCAGGAGAAGCCUCAGAAAAGGAACCAUUGAAGCCCGACCCUGGCAGGAAGGCCCUUCCUCCUGGGCCCAGCAGGCCCUCAGUCAGGCUGGUGGACGCCGUAGGGGAUGCUAAGCCUCAGCCCGUUGACUCCUGGGUCUAGCUUGCAUGCCGGGGCCCCGGCCCAGCCAUUUCUUAGGGAUUGGAUCACCUGGAGAAAGGCCCGUUAUGAACAGUCUGCUGUGGAGCCUCCUGGUGGCAGUUGCUGGCCAAGCCUCUUGUCCUAAGCCUGGGGCCUAACUUGCUGGCAUUACUUCUGUCUUGCCCUGCCAGUUGCUCCUUCUGAUCUCCUGAUCAAACUCCUUAGGCCUGAGUUAGCUGUUUACUGACAUGGUGCUGUGUGUGCGUGUGAAAGAAAAGGCCAGGACCGGGCCCAGGUUGGUGGCCGGGGAGGGUACCUGACUUUGCUCUGGUGGAAUAGACUGCUCCAGAGAAACAGACAGGCCUAGGGGGUGGGGGUCCUGGGGACAGGCAGCUGGAAAGGGAGGGAGGGUCUUGGGAAAGGAAGUUGGACUCCGAAGGGUAUUGGACUCCAAAGGGUGGAGGGACUUCCUUUCUUUGGAGACAGCAAAGUGGGGAUCCUACGCUGGAUGUCUGGAACCCUCAUGCAGUGGGAUCCUUCCUCAAGUUGCCUCUGGCUGGGGGUCACUGUGAUGGCUGCAUCUGCAUCUGCCUCGAACCUCACCAUAAUCUCUGACUGACCCCCAGCAGCACAGGGAACUGCUGUUCAGUGCCUGCUGUUUGUGACUUCAAGACAAGAAAACGACUGACAAAAGCAUUAAAAGUGAAACCAAAAUAAGACUAUUGGAAAACAUCUAAAUUUUUUAAAGAAAUUUUAAAAAUUAAAAAAAGCAAAGAAACCUCUG